AUGCAUUAUGUUGUGCUGGCCCAAGGACUAUUUGGAUCAAGGGAUGACUUAGAGGAUCGAUGUGUCAAUCUGCAGAAGGACGUCGACCGGUUGACAGACAAUGAGAAGUCAUAUGUAGAUAAAGUUUCUGCUUUGGAGAAGAGUCUAGUUACUGAAGUUUCAAAUACUAAGACCCUCACCAAAAGUUGUGAAGAUCUCCAGGAUUUUGAAUCCAAGCUCUCCAAGAAGUUGGACGUGGCGAAGAAGUCUUAUGCUGACCUGCAACAAUCUUUGGAGAGGUCUCAUAUGGAUGCGUUUAAUGUCGGGGAUAUGGCUUUUGACGGGGCGAAAGAUCAGAUGAUCUGUCUUUAUCCAACCUUGGAUAUUUCUUCUGUGGAUUUCUUCAAGAGUAUCGUGGAUGGCAAGCUGAUGGAUGUGGAGGAUGUUGAUGGGUCCCCGGUCAUCGAUGGUCUAGAUGGGAAUGAUGCUUCUCUGGCCGAAGUGACUAAGUGA